AAUCUGACAUACACCUGUUCCCCCUCUUCUUAGACAGCAAGUCGCCGCAAACAAACCAAACUACUGUUCUAUGAAACCGAGACCGCAAGCAGUGGUCACAUACCACACUGUGAUCCCCCUUUCCUAGUUAGUAGUGUCCUACAUAGGGUAUUUCACCCCAAAGGGACAGAAAUUAGAUAUUUUAUAUAUAUAAAAAACACCCGUGAACUGGGUUUCAUACCAUCGCACACCAGUCCAUCAUUCUUUCCUGCGCGAUCCCCAGUGGUCGACCACCUCACAUAAUACCCAUCUCCCACCCGCAUGUGCCCGAGUCGAUGUCAGCAAGGCCUUUGGGUUCUUACAAUGUGACUGUAACGAGGGUCCGCAGGAAGCGGCAGAAAUGUAACGUUGCUAACGGGGUCGUGGUGCGUAUUUUGACGGUUGUGAUGGUAUGCGUCAUAAUCGCCUUGCCGUUAAGCAAGGUGAAGUUUGGUAGUGAGUCGACAGUGCAAUUGAACUGCAUGGUCACUGCGGGGCCCGGAGUCAGCACAUGGUUGCUGGUGUUCGAGAUCUUGCACAUAAAUGUCAAUAGAGGCGAAGCAGACAUCAUGAUGGUCAAUGAUAGUCGUAGUCUCGUGAGCAUAGAAGUUCGCCUGUAAGCUGUGACUCAGCUGCCUGCAGUCGAUCCUGGUCCGUGCAACAGCCUGUCACUGUCAGUAGCAUCGCGCUCUUUUGUGGGCAACUAGGGACGUUAUUAAAAUGACGAUCCCCUUCAAGUUUGUUGAAUAUUUUGAAGUUGUUGUUUGAUGGUUGUUGAUUGGCUU